UGAACUUCGACGGUGAAAACAUAUUCUUCCUUAGAUCAAAACAAUGGUUGAAGUACCCACAAUUACCGAAUUCUACCGCAACAAAACCAUCUUCAUAACCGGUGGAAGUGGUUUCAUCGGAAAAGUCCUCGUCGAGAAGCUCCUUCGAUCGUGUCCAGACCUGAAGACCAUCUACUUACUCUUGAGAGAAAAAAAGGGUCGAGCUCCGGAAGACAGGAUCAAAACCAUCACCGAUUUACCACUCUUUGACGUACUCAAAUCGAAAAACCCCGAUUUUCGGAACAAAAUUAAGAUCGUCGUUGGCGAUGUGCGGGAGCUGGAUUUGGGGUUAAAUCUUCAGGAACGUCAAACCUUGAUUGAUGAAGUGAAUGUCGUUUUCCAUGGAGCGGCGUCUGUGCGUUUCGACGACAGCUUAACUGAUGCAGUCAUCAUGAACACGAGAGGGACUAGGGAGGUUGCUAAAUUGGUACUAGAGAUGAAGAAUUUGGAUGUUUUUGUUCAUAUUUCGACGACUUAUUGCAACAGCGAUCGAAAGGUGGUCGAAGAAAGAUUCUAUCCUGCUGUUGCCGAAUGGGAGAAAACUAUAGAAAUAGCGGAAAACAUAGAUAGACAUACUUUGAACGUAUUGACCGAAAAGUAUAUACAUCCGCAACCAAAUACUUAUACUUUUGCGAAGUCCUUGGGCGAGCACGUAGUCUACGAUAUGUGUAACGGAAAAAUACCUCUUGUUGUGUAUCGACCUUCUGUUGUUGUCAGCACAGACCUCGAACCCAUCUCAGGUUGGAUCGACAAUUUCAACGGACCCGUAGGACUCAUGGUAGGCUGUGGGAAAGGCGUAAUGCGCACCACUUACUGUGAUCCUAACAACAUUAUAGACUAUGUGACAGCUGACAUUACAGUGAAGGCAAUCAUCAUAUCAUCAUGGAAGCAAGCUACAUACAAAGACGCAAGCCAGAGGAUCAACGCAUCAUUCUACAACGGCAGUAACAACGGUUUGAAAAACGUAACUGUAAAAACCAUUCUCGAUAUGGGCAAGGAAAUAUGGAACGAAUGCCCCUUCGAGAACAUUUUGUGGUACCCUCAUUGCAGAAUCACCACCUGCUACUACAAUUAUUUUUUUCAAAUGAUCCUUUAUCAACUCAUUCCGGCUUUGUUCAUUGACGGCAUACUUAUACUAAUGGGCAAACGACCGAUGCUGACUAAAAUUCAAAGGAAAAUUCACGCUGCAACUGUAGCUCUGGCUUACUUCUCACACAACAACUGGACGUUUGUUAACGACAAAGUAUAUAAUUUGCAGCACGAGCUGUUACCUGCGGAUGUAGACAGUUUUUCCUACAAGGAAAAGGACAUACAUAUUUACACAUAUUUGUUUAACUCUGUUGUAGGUGGUAAAAAGUACCUUUUAAAAGAAAGUGAUGAUGUCACCAAGGCGAAGAAACAUUAUCUGAGAAUGUGGGUGUUGGCAAAAAUUGUCAACUUCUUGUGGUAUUUGGGGCUGUUUUGGCUCGUAUUUAUUAAAACUGGGAUCGUUUCCCUUGUGUUUGAUGUGUACAAUGACGUAAUUUUGUAUUUUACAAGUGAUUAAAUUGUAUAGUCACGUU